CGAUGAAGUCCAGUUCCUCUUCCGAAGUUUACAGUUACACUACACCGAUCAUCUAAACAAAACAUUGGUGCGAGCGCGACGGACACUGCAGCGAGCGAAGUGAAGUUGGAUUCACAUGGCGAAGAAUUACACGGCAGCGGCGGCGGCGACGGCGCCGCUGUCACGGUUCGGCGUGCUGGUGGCGCAACUGGAAUCAAUAGUGGCCUCUGCAGCCCACAAAUCUCCGGAGCCACUCCUCUGCUUCGAUCUACUCUCCGAUCUCAUCUCCGCCAUCGACGAGGACACCAAGGAGAAUAUUUUGUUGUGGCAAAGGAGAUGUGAGGAUGCAUUAUAUUCCCUACUUGUUAUUGGUGCACGGCGGCCUGUGCGUCACUUGGCAUCAGUGGCGAUGGCAAAGAUCAUAUCUAAGGGAGAUGCGAUAUCGAUCUACUCUAGAGCAAGCAGCCUUCAGGGAUUUCUUUCUGAUGGGAAGAGGAGUGAACCUCACAAAAUUGCCGGUGCUGCGCAAUGCUUGGGAGAAUUAUAUAAGCACUUUGGAAGAAGAAUUACUUCAGGUUUACUUGAAACAACAAUCAUAGCAACUAAGCUUAUGAAAUUCCAUGAGGAGUUUGUAAGGCAAGAAGCAUUAUAUAUGCUUCGGAAUGCUUUAGAAGGCUCUGGUGGUAGUGCUGCUUCAACAGCAUAUUCAGAGGCGUUUCGUCUUAUAAUGAGAUCUGCCACUGGGGAUAAGUCGUUUGCUGUGAGAAUAGCUGCUGCAAGAUGUUUGAAGGCAUUUGCUAGUAUCGGUGGUCCCGGCUUAGGUGUGGCAGAACUUGACAAUUCAGCAUCUUAUUGUGUCAAGGCCCUUGAAGAUCCGGUUUCAUCUGUUCGGGAUGCCUUUGCUGAGACAUUGGGUUCCUUGCUUGCUCUUGGAAUGAAUCCUGAGGCACAGGUUCAACCAAGGGGAAAGGGUCCUUUGCCUCAAGCUAAAGUACUAGAAGGUGGUUUGCAGAAGCAUUUGAUUUUGGCCUUCACAAAAGCAAGUGGAGUACGGUCCAGGGUUGUCCGGGUUGGCCUAACACUGUCUUGGGUAUUCUUUUUACAGGCCAUUCGUAUAAAAUAUCUGCAUUCGGAUAGCGAGCUUCAAAAUUUUGCUUUGCAAGUUAUGGAAAUGCUCCGCGCUGAAACUUCUGUUGAUGCCCAUUCGUUGGCAUGUGUUCUUUAUGUUCUUCGUGUCGGUGUAACAGAUCAAAUGACUGAACCGACUCAAAGGAAUUUCUUGGUUUUUCUAGGACAGCAGCUCCAGUCACCUGAAGCUGGUCCUUACAUGAAGGUGGCAGCCCUGCGUACUCUGUCUUAUACUCUGAAAACACUAGGAGAGGUUCCAAUUGAAUUUAAGGAUGUUCUUGACAACACUAUAGUUGCGGCGGUGUCACAUUCUUCAAAGCUAGUUCGAAUUGAGGCUGCUUUGGCAUUACGUGCAUUGGCUGAAGUUGAUCCAACUUGUGUUGGCGGUUUAACUUCAUACGGGGUGACCAAUCUUACCGCUUUAAGAGAGAGUGUUUCUUUUGAAAAGGGAAGCAAUUUACAGCUUGAGCUUGAUUCUUUGCAUGGGCAGGCUACUGUCUUGGCAGCUUUAGUCUCUGUUUCUCCAAAAUUACCUCUUGGUUACCCUGCAAGGCUUCCCAGAUUAGUUUUUGGGGUUUCAAAGAAAUUGCUGACGGAACAUAGUCGCAAUCCUGGGGCUGCUGCAGUUGAGAAAGAAGCUGGAUGGUUGCUUUUAUCAUCUUUAUUAGCUUCUUUACCAAAGGAGGAGCUUGAAGAUGACGUCUUUGACAUUCUUGCCUUAUGGGCCACCCUCUUUACUGGUAACCCCGAAAAUGAAAUUACAAAGACUGAAGAUUUAAUGUCAAGGAUAUAUGUAUGGUCUGCAGCUGUUCAUGCACUCACAGCAUUUAUAGAGUGCUUUAUAUCUCCUAAUGUUGUGAAUGAUGGUGUUCUACUUCAACCAGUUCUUGUGUAUCUUAAUAGUGCAUUAUCAUACAUAUCGGCACUAAGAGCCAAGGAACUACCACAUGUCAAGCCUGCAGUGGACAUCUUCAUCAUCAAAACUUUAAUAGCUUACCAAUCUCUUCCUGAUCCAGCGUCAUUUAAAAAUGACCAUCCUCAGAUUAUUCAACUUUGUACAUUUCCAUUCAGGCGUGCUUCAGAAUGUGAAGAAAGUUCGUGCUUAAGGUCGCUGUUAGACAAGAGAGAUGCAUGGUUGGGUCCAUGGAUUCCUGGAAGGGAUUGGUUUGAAGAUGAACUCCGAGCUUUUCAAGGCGGAAAAGAUGGCAUUAUGCCCUGCGUAUGGGAGAACGAAAUUUCUAGCUUUCCUCAGCCGGAGACGAUAAGCAAGACUCUGGUGAACCAGAUGCUUCUUUUAUUUGGGAUCAUAUUUGCUUCUCAGGAUAGUGGUGGUAUGCUCUCCCUUGUGGGAAUUAUUGAACAGUGUCUGAAAGCUGGGAAAAAACAACACUGGCGGUCAGCUAGUAUCACCAACAUUUGUGUGGGCCUACUUGCAGGCUUUAAGGCUCUGCUUUCUUUUCGAGCACAAACAUUAGGACAAGAGAUUUUGGGUUUGAUACAAUCUAUUUUUCAGAGUAUUUUGGCGGAGGGAGACAUUUGUGCAUCGCAGCGUAGAGCAUCAUCAGAAGGACUUGGAUAUUUAGCUCGAUUUGGAAAUGAUAUCUUUACUGCUAGAAUGACCAGAUCACUGCUUGGUGACCUAAAUGGAGCAACUGAUUCCUACUUUGCUGGAUCCAUUGCUUUGGCGCUUGGCUGCAUUCAUCGCAGUGCAGGAGGGAUUGCAUUGUCAACUUUAGUGCCUGCAACAGUGAGCUCUAUCUCUUCACUGGCUAAAAGUUCGGUAGUUAAUCUGCAGAGCUGGUCUAUGCAUGGCCUUCUUUUAACUAUUGAAGCUGCAGGCUUGUCCUUUGUUUCUCAUGUCCAGGCAACCCUUUCUCUUGCUAUGGACAUUCUUUUAUCUGAUGAGAAUGGUUUGGUAGACGUUCAGCAGGGAGUUGGCCGCCUUAUAAAUGCUAUAGUUACUGUUCUUGGUCCUGAGCUUGUCCCAGGAAGCAUCUUUUUCUCGCGCUCCAAGUCUGCCAUCGCUGAGAUAAGCUGCUGGCAAGAAACUUCAACAUUGCUUGAGAGUGCACGCUUCACUCAACAACUUGUUCUUUUUGCACCCCUAGCUGUUUCUGUGCACUCCCAUGUGCAGACUCUUCUCUCUACUUUGUCAUCAAGACAGCCAAACUUACGCCACCUUGCUGUGUCUACAUUAAGGCAUUUAAUUGAGAAAGAUCCGGCUUCUGUUAUUGUUGAGCAGAUUGAAGAUAACUUAUUCUUUAUGUUGGAUGAGGAAACAGAUUCAGAAAUUGGGAACUUGGUGCAAUCUACAAUUAUGCGAUUACUCUAUGCAUCAUGUCCGUCAUGUCCUUCGCAUUGGAUAUCAGUAUGUCGCAAAGUGGUCCUUGCGACAUCAAUGCGGAACAUUGAAAAUAAUAUUGCAGCAAAUGAUGAUAACGACUCAAGGUUGAACCUUGGGGAUGAAGAUAAUAUGGUUUCUGGCUCCAAUAGCUCGCAGAUUUACCAGUUUCAAGCUUCCAUUGCUGCUGCUAAUAGAGAGAAGUUCCUCAGAUAUAGGACAAGACUUUUUGCUGCAGAAUGUUUGAGCCAUCUACCAGAUGCUGUAGGAAGAAAUCCUGCUCAUUUUGACCUCCUUAUGGCAAGGAAAGAAAAUGCAAGUGGACGUGCUUCUAGUGAUUGGCUUGUUCUCCACUUGCAAGAGUUAAUAUCACUUGCUUAUCAGAUAAGCACGAUUCAAUUCGAGAGCAUGCAGCCAGUAGGUGUGAGUCUUCUUGGCACUAUUGUGGACAAGUUUGAGAAAGUAGCUGACCCUGAGCUUCCUGGACAUCUUCUACUGGAACAGUAUCAGGCCCAGGUCGUAUCUGCAGUUCGUACCACCUUGGACACAUCUUCUAGUCCUAGCUUAUUGGAGGCAGGCUUGCACUUGGCUACCAAGAUACUGACAAGUGGAAUGAUCAGUGGAGACCAAGCGGUGGUCAGGCGCAUGUUCUCAUUAAUUUCACGCCCAUUGAAUGACUUCGAGGACAUUUAUUAUCCUUCAUUUGCAGAAUGGGUCACAAGCAAGAUCAAAAUAAGACUUCUGGCUGCUCAUGCUUCUCUCAAGUGUUAUAUAUAUGCAUCCAUGAGGAAGCACCAAGAUGGUGUUCCAGAUGAGUACCUGGCAUUAUUACCAUUAUUCCAAAAGAGCUCAAGUAUUCUGGGGAAGUUCUGGCUCCAUACACUGAAGGAUUAUAGUUUUAUGUGCUUGUGCCUGAGCCCAAAGAGGAAGUGGAAUAUGUUCCUUGAUGGACUGCAGUCACCCAUUGUUUCUUCUAAGUUACGUCCAUGCUUAGAUGAAUCUUGGCCUGUAAUUUUGCAAGCACUUGCACUUGACGCAGUUCCUGUGAAUUCUGAAGGAAAUGAUUACCCGAAAGCCUUAGCUUCAAAUGCUGAAAAACAUGGUGUCACUUCAUGUCAAUAUAGCAUGGUUGAAUUGAAGUUUGAAGAUUUUAAGUUCUUGUGGGGCUUUUCUCUUCUUGGUCUAUUUCAGUCACAGCAUCCUAUCCUUUACCGACCUAUUAUACAGCUGGAUUUUGCUAAUGCUAAGCAUGGUGCGAACUCACCGAGUAAUGAAGUGAAACCCUCAGGCGUGAAAUUAUAUGAAAUUGUACUACCUAUGUUUCAAUUUCUUUCUUCUGAAAGAUUUUUCAAAGCAGGACUACUUACCGUGGAUAUUUGCAGAGAACUGCUGCUGAUUCUUUCAUAUUCGACAUACAUGGAUAAUUGUUGGAGUAGUCUUGCGAUGUCCAUUUUAUCACAGGUUGCGAGGAACUGCCCACAAGAAAUUUUCAAUUGUGAAAGUUUUGACUUGAUAACAUUGGAACUUUGUUUGCACUACCUUUUUAAAGUGUUUCAAAGUACUGACACAACAAACUGUGAAGUAAAUGUGAUGCAUUUAAUAUGUAGCACAACAAAGGCUAUUAUUAACCGUAUUGAGACCAAGGUGCAUAAGCAUUCAAAAUCCGUGGUUCUGGCAUUAGUCUUAAUUGGCUACAAGUGCGUUAGGGAUGCUUCAACUGAGGUAUACUUGUCAGAAGCCAUUGAAAUCGUCAACUGCACAAGUCCUUUAUUAAAGAAAAUAAUUGACGAUGAGGCUGGGCAUGGUGAUAGCAUUCUCCCUCUAAGAGAAAUGUUUGAAACUUGUUUGAGUGUGGUUGCUUCUCUGACUAAAGACUGCAUUGAGGGAUUCCAUUUGCAGGAGGUUAAAAGUUUCAACAAACAGAAACUAAUACAUACGAAGCUUGCAUUUUCUCUUGAACAAAUCAUAUCAAUUGCCAAACUGUCUCUUGAUAGUAAAUAUGUCGAAUGCGAAGCAAGCAUAUCCAUCCGUGUUAGUGCACUGAGAUGUUGUCUUCGAUGUAUCCAAGCUGUAAUUAGUGAUUCAAAUAUGCAGGUUCAAGUAAUAGGUUUGCAAUUUCUUAAAGCCAGGAUUCAAAGAGGUGUAAAUACAGAAGAUAACUCUUUCUUUAUGUUUCUUGUUGGGGAGCUAAUUAGCGAUAUUUUCACUUUGAUUCACAGAAUGCUAAAGAAUACUAUAACAAGAGAAUCUGUGAACAUUGCAAGUGAAUGCUUGAGUCUCAUGGUGUUGUUACAAACGCUAUCUAAAGAUAAUGACUGCCAGAGAAGUUUUAUGAACCUACUUCUGGAGGCCAUUGUUAUGAUUUUCUUGUCAACAGGAGAUGGAUUCUCUCAGGAUGUCAGUGAUUUAAGAAACACAGCUAUUAAGCUUGUUUCUCGCCUUGCUCAAAUUCCUUCAUCAGCCAAUCAUUUCAAGGAUGUUUUACUCUCAAUGCCUCCGCUACACCGCCAGCAACUUCAGGGGGUAAUCCGAGCUUCUGUAACACAAGAUAAAAACCCACUAGAACUAAAAGUACCAGUUUUGGACAUAAAAAUGCCGCAGUCAUCAGGACCAAAUGAAGAGAAACGUACUGUUUCAGCAGCUCCUGCGAUGCGAACAGAUGAAAAUGACAAGGAAGAAGAUGAAGUCAGUGAAGAUGAUUGGGAUGCUUUUCAGUCUUUUCCUGUCUCUAAAACUGAAGAUGGAGAUGAAUCAAGAACAGAACAUGCUGCUGAAGGCAAAGAUCCUAGCCUGGUUGAAAGCUCAUCAGAUAGGGAAGGUUCUAUUGGAAGUGUUGAGUUUCAAGAAUCUUCUGUUUUGAAAUCCCUCAAUAGAGAAAAGGAGCUAAAAGUUGAUGAAUAUCUAGAUGAUGUCAAAGAGAAACAUGACCAAACCAGUCCUGGUUCUAACGAGACAUAUGAUAACGAGUAUCAAAAGAUGGAGGAAGAAUUUCAAAGCUCUGAAGUGGCGACAGCAAUCCCAGGAAAUGAACUAGUUUCCUGUGAUAAGAACCCAGAGAUAGAAGCUGAAGAAUCAAUUAAAGAUGAACAUGAUAACGAGGAUCGAGAGAUGGAGGAAGAAUUGCAAAGCUCUGAAGUGGGGACAUCAAUCCCAGGAAAUGAACAAGUUUCUUGUGGCCAGAAGCCAGAAACAAAAGCUGAAGAAUCAAUUAAAGAUGAACAUGAUAACGAGGAUCGAGUGAUGGAGCAAGAAUUGCAAAGCUCUGAAGUGGGGACAUCAACCCCAGGAAAUGAACUAGUUUCUUGUAGUCAAAAGCCAGAGAUAGAAGCUGAAGAAUCAAUUAAAGAUGAACAUGAUAAUGGGGAUCAAAAGAUGGAGGAAGAAUGGCAAAGCUCUGAAGUGGCGACACCAAUCCCGGGAAAUGAAAUAGUUUCCAGUGAUCAGAAGCCAGAGAUUGAAGCUGAAGAAUCAGUUAACGAUGAACAUGAUAACGAGGAUCAGAAGAUGGAGGAAGAAUUGCAAAGCUCUGAAGUGGGAUCGUCAAUCCCGGGAAAUGAACUAGUUUCUAGUGAUCAGAGGCCAGAGAUUGAAGCUGAAGAAUCAGCUAACGAUGAACAUGAUUACAAGGAUCAAAAUAUGGAGGAAGAAUUGCAAAGCUCUGAAGUGGGAUCGUCAAUCCCGGGAAAUGAGCUAGUUUCUUGUGAUCAGAAGCCAGAGAUAGAAGCUGAAGGAUCAACUAAAGAUGAUUUAGUAGCCAAUUAUAUGCCUGACCAAGUAGUAUCAGAUUCUCUGGCACUUCAACCGGGGUCUUGCGGAUCAGAUAAUAAUGAACAGUCUGACAGAUAUGAUGAAGAUGCUAAGAAAGAGAGUGUAGAUGAAAACAAGAGUCAUGACCGGCAGCAAGAAAUGUCUGAGAGUCCAGUAGGGAGUGAAAAUAAUAUUACAAAAUUAGAACCAUCUGCUGAAGACCGUAUAGAAUAAGGUAUUUGUCUAUUGCAACAUUUUAAUUUGAAGUGUAUAAAAGUGUAUCUUCCAUCAGAGUCAUUUUUCCCAUUCCUACCAAUUUUAUUAUCUUUGCUUCCACUCAUUUGUAGCCUUACCCUCGUUAUUCAGGUUAUUUUUUGUUGGUCUUACAUCGUUUCAAGUUCCCAUAGCUAUAGUUCUAUGAUAGUCAACUGCUUUCCACACCAUAUUUUGUACAAUGAUACUGAAUGGCAAAUUUUCCCCUUAAGAGGUAAAAUAUUCUUUGUUUGGUUUCAAA